UCUUGGCUGUGGGGUACAGCUGCCUAUACUUCCUGGAGAAUGGGUAUUGACAGCAAAUCCAUCAGCGGCCUGGAGAAAAUGGAAAUGGAGGCCACUAGGUCUUGCACAUACCCCCACCCCAAGCUCUGGUCUCGACUCUGGACAGUUGCUUGCCCCACUUCCUGGAGCUGUCAGGGAAACAGCAGUGGCAGCCCUGCACCCCCGCUUUUGUGCAAGGCUGUGGAUGCAGUGGCCUCCCUAAACAGCAAUCCGUUCUCUCUGUGCAAACAUCGGCGCUGCCUGUCAGCAGCAGCUGUAACCAAAAAAGCGGCCUCUCCUCCACCUCCACCAGAGGAAGAGUAUAGCUGUGAGUAUGGAUCAACGACUUACCUCAUACUAUGUUCCCUGGGUGGCGUGGUGAGCUGUGGCGCAACCCACACAGCAGUAUGCCCGCUGGAUGUGGUGAAGUGCCGCAUGCAAGUAGAACCUACGCGCUAUCGGGGACUUUUUCAGGGGCUCAGUCUCACUGUGCAAGAGGAGGGAAUGCGUGGUCUGGUCAAGGGGUGGGCUCCAACAGCCAUAGGCUACUCCAUGCAAGGACUUGCCAAGUUUGGCCUCUACGAGUACUUCAAGAUACGUUACUCUGAUUUGUUGGGUGAUGAACAAGCUUAUCUGUGGCGUACCAGCGUUUAUCUCGCUGCUUCAGCCAGUGCUGAGUUUUUUGCUGACAUUGCUUUGUCCCCAAUGGAAGCUGCCAAGGUACGAAUUCAGACCCAGCAUGGCUUUGCCAACACACUGCGGGAGGCAGCUCCCAAGAUGUACAUUGAAGAAGGGCUGUGGGCUUUCUACAAGGGGGUGGCUCCACUCUGGAUGCGGCAGAUCCCUUACACCAUGAUGAAGUUUUCCUGCUUUGAAAGAACUGUAGAGGCUCUCUACAAAUACGUCAUGCCCAAACCACGGGAUCAGUGCACCAAAAUGGAACAACUUGGAGUCACAUUUGUUGGUGGAUAUAUUGCUGGAGUCUUUUGCGCUGUAGUCUCACACCCAGCUGAUUCUGUGAUAUCUGUGCUCAAUAAAGAAAAGGGCAGCACUGCUGUAGACGUCCUCAAGAAAUUGGGCAUGAAAGGCAUCUGGAAAGGGCUAUUUACCCGCAUCUUAAUGAUUGGCACCCUCACUGCCCUGCAGUGGUUCAUCUAUGACUCAGUUAAGGUUUAUCUCAAGCUACCCCGGCCCCCACCACCUGAGAUGCCUGCUUCUUUGAAAAAGAAACUCUCUGAAAAAUAGAUCCGCGCUGUGAGGCUAUACUGCUAUGUUUCAAGGAUGUCAUAUGUCAUAGUUCUAUAGGAAUUUCUACUCUACUAAUAUGUGGUUAUGAGUAGACUGUAGAAAUCCAUCACUCUUUUAUUCUGAAUCCAAAACUAAGCUGCACAGUGCUCCAACAACGUAUUAAGUAAGCUACUUAAAAUAACUACUUACUGCAACAAAUGAUUUAGCAUAAUAUUUUUCCAUAUUUUAUUUUGCUAUUAAUUGUGUUCAAAAUUACAUAUUGCAUAAUUUGGUUUAUAGUUUUUAUAGGCUGUUAAAUAUUUUAAGGUUAACAUAACCAGCUAAUAGCAACUGCUAGAUGAGUUGAUUGUUUUAAUACUGUUGUCAUGCUCUGAAGAUUAUUGUCAUUUGUCAAGUUGUUAGUAUUCACUAUCAGAUGGCACCCUGAUUAUAAUGAAGCAAGUUGUAGAUCCCCGUGUACAUUAGCUGUUUGAGACAUCAAACAUAAUACUUUAAUAAGUAGUACUCAAAAAGUUAGUGAGGUUGUUUUGGAGAAUAGUUUUGAAGAUCAUAGAUUUUGGUGAGAGAGCCUGUUUAUGCAUGCAGAAGAGCAGGGCAUUUUAUUUGAUAGGUCUUGCCCUGUGCCUCAUCAUAAAUCUCAUUGAGAGUAUCCUGGGCUUAAAAAAUGAUGAGCAUCAUACAUGUUGGUAGCAUUAUAUUGAUUCAAAUACCACAGUAUGGAAAGGAAGUCCUCUAUGCUUGGGGCUUGGCUGAAAGUUGAAUUUAUAUGUUUCUUUAAUGCGUAUGUUGCACUUUCCCUAAUAUGUAUAGUUCAUUUACCUACAAUUUCACGUGGACAUUUGGUGUUCACAUACUAAAUAAAGUUAUUGUAGUUACUGAGAAA